AUGGCCCAGGAACGCACCGGUAUCAUUGUUGGCACCAACAGUGGCCACAAAACCACUCCCCUCAACACCCCCAAGAACAAGAUCAGCCGUACCAAGGGCCAGUCUUCUCGCCGCACUGCGUUCGUCCGUGAGGUUGCCCGUGAGGUCGUUGGCCUUGCCCCCUACGAGCGCCGCAUCAUUGAGCUCCUGAGAAACACCCAGGACAAGCGUGCCCGCAAGCUCGCUAAGAAGCGCCUCGGUACCUUCGUCCGCGGUAAGCGCAAGGUUGAGGACAUGCAGCGCGUCAUCGCUGAGGCCCGCCGUGUCCAGGGCCACUAA